AUGUUAAUCAAUGAUACAGCAAUCGUGGACACAUUUAUCAAUGACACAUUCGUCAGUGACACAUUUAUCAAUGACACAUCUAAUAGGAACUCAUUUAUCAGUGACACAUUUAGUAGCGACUCUUUCACCAAUGACAAAUUUAUCAAUGACACAAUUAUUGGUGACACACUUAUUAGCUUUAAACUUACUAUUGACAUGUUAAUCAAUGAUACAGCUAUCGUGGACACAUUUACCAAUGACACAUUUGUCGGGGACACAUUUAUCAAUGACACAUCUAAUAGGAACUCAUUUAUCAGUGACACAUUUAGUGGCGACUCUUUCACCAAUGACACAUUUAUCAAUGACACAAUUAGUAAUGACACACUUAUGAGCUACAAACUUAGCAUUGACAAGUUUAUCAAUGACACAUUUACUAUGUCUCAUUUAUCAGUGACACAUUUAGUAGCGACUCUUUCACCAAUGACAAAUUUAUCAAUGACACAUUUAUCAAUGACACAAUUAGUAAUGACACACUUAUGA